GACCAUGGGAAGGCGGGACAAAUAUCACAAUUGAAGGUAUCAAUCUUGGUAAAUCAUUCGUAGAUAUUUAUGGUGGUAUUACAGUGGCAGGUAUUCCCUGUGAGCCUUAUCAGCAUUUGUAUAAAAUCUCCAGAGAGAUUGUUUGUCGGGUUGAUGGGCCAGGAAUAUCGCAGUUUCGUCAUGGACCUGUAUCAGUAAGAGUUGAUAACUUCCGUGGUCUAUCAAAAAUAGAUUAUCAAUUUGUAGAUCCACAAAUUCAGGAUGUAAUUCCCCAGUAUGAAUCUGGUGGAACUGUACUCUCAAUUAAAGGUAAACAUAUGAAUGCUGGUAGCCUUAUUGAGGUAUUCAUAGAUGAUUUACCUUGUCUUAUUAUUAAGAUAAAUGUGUCUGAAAUCCAAUGUCGAACAAAUGCCUCAAUUCAUCAACGUGAGGGCAGAGUCCAACUAAAAUUUGACCAAGGCAUUAGAUUUUAUGACAAAUAUUUGUUUAAGCAUAAAGAAGAUCCAAGUAUCAAGAGCCUCAAGUCUGGUAUAACCAUUUGCAAUAAAUAUCUGAAAGGCAUUCCUGCUGGUGGUAUCAAAAUAUCAAUCACAGGGACAAAUUUGCUUUCAAUUCAGAAUCCCAAAUUUUAUUUAUAUGAUGAGAAUAACACAAAACAAUAUUUUAGCGACUGUGAAGUUUAUAGCGACUCAUUGAUGAUAUGUUCCUCCCCAUAUAUUCCAGAAAUUCAGAAUUGGGCGCUUGACUCGGAAAAAGCCAAAGCAAUUGGAUUAUGGCUUCUUAAUGAAUAA